CCUGACGAUCCUCAUUAAUUAUUGUUUUCGGAAUUCCAAUCUCAGACUUAAAUUUCGAGUACCUAUGCUGAAUUACUUCUCCAACUGCCACAGCCCUUUAUUUCGACGAUUGCAGGAUGCUCGAAGAUGGCUGCUCAACGGCAUCAAUCACGAGCUUUAAUUUCUCAUUUAAUUAAUCAAGGAACUCUCUCAGAUGCUGAAGAAGAUAAUAUGAUUUCAUGAGAGAUCAGAGAUUUUAGUGGACUAUUUUUUGAGGUUUCAGAUAGUGACGGUAAUGCUGCUUGCUCCACACCCAGUACAAACCAAUUCAAUUUCCAUCAAGAGAUGUUCUAUUACCGGAGGAACUUCGUUCUUGUACUCACGAUCUUCAUCGUCCACUCAACAAGAGCACAAAAGUCGGGCGACUGUGAUCGCAGUUGUGGAAAACAUUCCGUGCUGUAUCCAUUCGGAUUCUCUGAGAAGUGCCACCUCAAAUUAAAUUGCAGCGACAGCCGCAUGAAAAUUGGGGAAUUCGAGGUGGAGAAAGUAACCCCCAGAAGUAUAUUCGUCAAUCUUCCUGCGAAAUGCAACCGCAGUAUGAAAUCUAUUCAGCAUCUUUUCAGUAAAAACUUCGCUCCCACACGAAACAAUAGCCUUCUGGUGCAAAAUUGUUCGUCUCAGCAAGGAGGCUGCUUCAUACCCACCGCCGGUCUGAUGCACAGUCUAUUCAAUUUGGAGAAUUGCCAUAGUCAUAACAUCGGUUGCUUUUCGCAAAGAAAUAAUGAUUCCGAUGUUCUGGCACCAGCGGAUGUUAAUCAACCUACGUGCAAGUUAUUCUCUGCGGUUGCUAUUGAGCAAGGCAACGACCCAACGAUUUCGCUCCGUCUUCAGGUGCUUGAAUUGGGGUGGUGGCUUGAAGGUCUAACCCCCCAAUGCUCUGACAAUGCAUCCCCUACCAAAGUCAAUCUUGGCGGCGUGAAGACCGGGUACCGAUGCCAAUGUCGUGAAGGUUACACCGGAGAUGGCUUCAAGAACGGCGUUGGUUGCCGGAAAGUUUCUCAGUGCGGAGCUGCAACACUAAUGUCUGGUGGAUGUGGAAAGGCAAUUAAAAUCGGUGUUCUUGCUGGAGGGGUCAUUGUUGUAGCUUUCAUCCUGCUUGGUGUGUGUCUUCGAUGUUACUUUGCUCGGCGCCGUUACAUUUGUUUGAGCAAACAAAUGACAGUGAAGCGCCUAUUACGUGAAGCUGCAGGCAACUCUAUUAUUCCUUUUUACCCGUACAAAGAAAUAGAAAGAGCCACUAAUUUUUUCUCAGAUGAACAGAGGUUGGGAACAGGGGCUUUUGGCACGGUAUAUGCAGGAAAACUACACGAUAGUGAAUGCGUUGCAAUUAAAAAGAUCAAGUAUAGAGACACCAACAGUGUUGACCGAGUUAUGAACGAGAUCAAACUUCUUUCUUCUGUAAGUCACCCUAAUUUAGUUCGCCUCUUGGGCUGCUGCAUAGAGGGUGGUGAGCAGAUACUUGUUUAUGAGUUUAUGCCCAAUGGAACACUAUCCCAACAUUUACAAAGAGAGAGGGGAAACGGACUUCCAUGGACAAUACGACUCACCAUUGCCACUGAAACUGCUAAUGCUAUAGCAUAUCUUCAUUCUGCCAUGGAUCCCCCAAUUUAUCACAGGGACAUAAAAUCCACUAAUAUACUCUUAGAUUACAACUUCAAAUCGAAAGUAGCAGAUUUUGGGCUUUCUAGGCUUGGUAUGACAGAAACAUCACAUAUCUCAACUGCUCCACAAGGGACUCCAGGCUAUGUCGACCCUCAAUACCACCAAAACUUCCAUCUUUCUGAUAAAAGUGAUGUCUAUAGUUUUGGAGUGGUUUUGGUAGAGAUAAUAACAGCCCUGAAAGUGGUUGAUUUUGCUCGACCCCAUAGUGAGGUUAAUUUGGCUGCACUUGCUGUGGAUAAGAUCAGAAGGGGCUCUGUGGAUGAGAUCAUAGAUCCUUUUCUGGAGCCUCACAGGGAUGCCUGGACACUCUACUCUGUUCACAAGGUUGCUGAGCUUGCAUUUAGAUGCCUUGCUUAUCAUAGUGACAUGAGACCUACCAUGUUGGAAGUGGCAGAGGAGCUAGAACAUAUCAGACGCAGUGGAUGGGCAACAAUGGAAGAAACUCUAUUCACAGCAUCAUCGGUUGGCUCCUCAUGUUCCUCACCUCGCAUUGGAAGUGAGAAGUCGAUGGAUUGUGUUGCUCUUAAGAAAGCAGAACGAGGGAGCAAGAGAUCAAUGAGUCACAAGAGGAUGGAUAAAAUACAGCAUUCUGCGGAAAAAGUGAAGGAUAGCUCUCCUGUAUCAGUGCAUGAUCCUUGGUUAAGUGGACAAAGUUCACCCUCAGCAAACAGCUUGUUGGGAAAUGUAGUUCAGUGAUGAGCACUCGCCAGCUCAUUUUUGUGGAAAGCCUCCAGCAAUGUGAAUACUAAAUACAUAUAAUGGCUCCUUUUCUUGUUCCAUAGUUGCAACAUAGCUGUCUUUGCUGAUGAUUAAUUUAGUAAUCUGUUGUCCAUCUCCUUAAAAAUACUGUACAGAAUUAAUGAUGCCUGCCGGGGACAAGAAAAACCUCAGAUAAUCAAUUUGCACAAAUUUGGCUUUAAACUGCCAAAA